UUGGAUUUCGCUGCGUGCAAGCCUAAUUUUCCUGUCGCGUCAAGCAACCCGAAAAUAUCUUCAAAUUCUGUUUGUCGCUGGUUUGAUUGCACUGGGAGUGAGGAAAAGUGGUCAGGAGGAUGGAGUGGAACUUGAUUUGUCGGAUUUGUCUGCAGGACGGCCUCAUGACGUCUAUUUACGAGGAUUUCAACGAGAGUGAAGCGAAAAUUUUUGACAUUAUCAUGAAGUGUUGUCCAAUUGAGAUUCAAGAGGAUCAGGACAUGCCUGAGCAGAUUUGCCAAAAGUGCUACAGCGAUUUGAAGGUGGCCUAUCGCUUCCGGACGAAUGGGGAGAGUUCUCAUGCCAUUUUACUGUCUCUGCUGAACAAAUCGCAGGUGCCAGAUACAGAGUAUGAGUAUUCCAUAGAGGAGAUUGUUAAGGAGGAGCCUGACGACGAAGAGGAAGCCGAGGAAGAGGAGGAAGUCGAUGCGGACGAUUCUGUGUUAGUUGAUUACGAUGAAGAGGAGCAGGAAGUGCUGGUGGAGAAGCCGGAUAACGUAUUAUUGGAUGAUCUGCUGGAGGAUCCACUGCCUGAUGACGUGAGAAUCUUCGAGGCCGCUAAGAAGGCGGCUUGGGGCGAUGAAGCAGACGCACAGCAGGAAGAGAUUGACAAUCUGGAGAAGGGAAUCCUAGUGCAGGGCUAUAAACCGGUGCGUCAGGUGGAGUCUGUCAAGCGGCGGAUGGCGGAGGAGGCCAAGGGGCAUGUCCUCACUGCCGAUGGCAGGCAUACAAUCGAGAAAGUGUCUAAGAAAGUGAGUUCAGAAGGCGCGAAGGCCAUCAUCGCCAUCCGUCCUGUGCCUAAGCCAAAGCCUCCGAAGAGAUGUGAGAUUUGCGGCAACACCUACAAGUACCAGCACGCCCUAGAUGGGCACAUGAGACGCCAUCGGAAUGAGAAGCCCUACGCUUGUGACGUCUGCGGACGUGCCUUCGUGAUACCCUUCGAAUUGCGGCGUCAUAUGAGAAUUCACACAGGUGUCAAACCUUACGCUUGUAAGUACUGCGAUCGGCGCUUCAGUGACUUCGGAUCGAGAAUCAAGCACGAGAGAACACACACUGGUGAACGUCCGUACGCCUGCACUUACUGCGGCAAGUCCUUCGCCUAUUCCCACGUCCUAUCCAGCCACGUGAUGAUCCACACUGGCGAGAAGCGCUAUCAAUGCGAGGUGUGCGACAAGAAGUUCACCAAGAGCCAUCACCUCAAGGCGCACAUGAACAUUCACUUGCGUGCCCAAGGAAAAGAGCCCGCGACGAAGCCCAAAGCCAGGAAAACACCGGCAAAGGUCGAGACGUUAGCUGCUGAAUCAGUGACUGAGGACGCACAAUUCUUCCAAAAUGUGGUGUACAUGAAGGAUGGCGAGGAGGGAACGAUAGUUGAGCAGACGGCCGAAGAGGCCGAGGAAGCACAGCAGAUUCUCAUCAUUCAGGAGAACUGA